UCCUGUGGUUAAUUCCUGGACCACUGUAUUGCUAAAGUAUAGAAUUUGUAAAAAAGACUUUGAUGCUAUCAUUAAUCACGAUUCUGUUAAUGGAGGCACUUACGGCACUAACUUCAUGUUACUCCAAACUGAUAAAUCUAACGUUUCCAUUGCAUUUCAAGGAUGUACCCAAGAUUGCUUUAUGGCAAUUGAAAUAGAUUUUGACAAAAAUAAAUUAUACAGUAGUCUAGGUGACAAAAAUUAUCGCUGCUUUUCUUCUAAUUAUUCUGCUAAUAUUAACGUGGGCAUGCAAAUUAUGUAUACUGGAGUCAGCCCCAACAGCAAGCACCCCGCUCCCCCCUCA